AACACGAUAAAACAUGUUCAUAGAGUAAGGAGCGUAUUUUAUGACGUUAUCAUGACCAAUCGUGGUGCGUGCCAUUCCUUGGAUAUUUGAUAGAGUAGCUUAACUGACCUCAAUACCUGGCAAAACAUUAAAUUGUUGAAUAAUUCAGAUCUUUAAGCUAACCGUUUUCUUAGCUAGAUUUGUAAGUUGAAUGACGUAACUUGCGCUAUCUGUCAUACACAACUGGAGUAUUUUUCUCGGCUACGUUUUGUAAUUCUACAGGUGGGGAGCCGCUGGCCUGAACAUAGGUUCGAACAAAAAAGAACGCUGACUGGAAAGCUUUGGGCAAUGCGGUCUCGAGUGAGCGAAGCCUUCAGGAAGCUUAAAGAAUCCAGUAUUUUCAAUGCAGAGAUAUUCUUGAAUGAGGCUUCAAGAGACCAGAUUAAGUGCCUUUUGGUGGAUACCGAACGCGAGACAGUUGAGAAGUUACUUGAUAAACAAGAUUAUGGUGGUCUAAAAUCGUUUGUCGAAAAAGCCCUGAAAGAAUGGCUUCCCAAACUGAAGAAAUUUGACAGUUUUGCACGUAAAGAGAAGGUACCUCCAGAGGAGGAUGGGAAAGCAAAACGUAACACUGAAGACACUGCUGCCAAGUCCCAAAAGAGUUCUACUAGUAGCAAAAAGCAGAAGAACAAAGAGGAUCAAGAACAAGAAAACCCAAAUGACCUCAGAGAUCCUACUAUGGAGCAAAGAGAACGACUUCUUGCGGUGGAUGAAGAACUUCUGGAUGACGAAGACAAAGAAAUCAUGGACAAAGAAAUUAAGAAAAAGGAGGCUCUUGUACCACAAGAACGUAGAGAGACCAUUGAUGAAACGUGUACACGCAAGCUAAUUUCUAUUGAUGAAACAAAUUUGCAGCGAAAUCUUCUGAAUGCCAGCAAAGUGUGGGAACUUAAUGAAGAUAAACGAAUUCAGCUUGUGUAUGUUUUUCAAAGCUCUCAUCGUAAGAAGGCCUGUGCAGAGUUCCUGGCUGUCAGCCAAGCAUACAUGCAGAUACAUCAAGAGCUGGAAGAGUUAAAAAAUCAACAUAACAUUGAAGUGAUGAGAACAUGCGAUGUCAUUGGUAUGACUGUCACUGGUGCGACAAUCAGGGCAAACCUAUUAGCUGAUAUAAAACCUUCCGUGAUGAUAGUCGAGGAGGCUGCCGAAAUCCUUGAAGGACAGCUUGUUGCUGUCAUACCACCUUCAGUUCAACAUCUCAUUAUGAUUGGUGACCACCAACAGCUUAAACCUCUUGUGAACUUCCACAGACUCAAGAAACAUCAUCUUGAUCUCUCUAUGUUUGAGAGGCUUGUCAACUGCGAUUUGCCUUGCAAGCAACUUAAAUUUCAGUCCCGAAUGAGGGAUGAGUUCGUAGACUUGCUCCGAGUGCUGGAGAUUUAUGGGGAACUGAAAACAAAGGAAGAGGUAAUCACUGACAUUCACACGCACUUUGAUUAA